CCAAACCUCAUUGUAGUGUAAGCCGAAAAAAUAUAUACCGGUUCCGACAGUCGUUACGGAAGUUCCCUACCACAAACACGUUCACGGCUAGUCAACUGCCAUGUCGGACCCCGCGAAUUUAGCGGAAGCGGAAGGGUGUACCAGCCAUUCAAGUCGUCAACAGAGAUUCGCGGAUCCACUGCCACCGGCGGCCAAAAUGGGGCAAGCCGAGGCCGAAACCGAACCGCCGCCUUAUGGCCGGCCGUUAACUGCGCUGGAAAGGGCCGUUCAGGCCGAACUCGAAAUGCUGGGGCCAGCAUGGGCCGAAGCUAUAUGGGGCAGCCAUCCCUCGGCCAGUCAAGACCAGGCUAAUGCACUCAUCGCUGUCAAACUGAAUGAGGCGGGCCAGCUCAUCCCUCGGCGUUGGCAAGCCGAAAGACGUUUCGAAGACGAUUGUCGUAUCGUAGAACAAAUGGUCGAGACGCUGUCUCAAGUGAUUGAAGAUCUCCAAGCGAAGGAGGCCAAAGACGAAUCAGCCCGGAUCGAAUAUCAUCAAGCUCAGCGGCUCAUCGCCGAUUGGGAGUCACUCCGUCGGCCGGCGCUUGAGCGCAGCUACAGGAUGGCUGCGGAUGUAUGGUUCCAGCCAGGGGAGGAUCCUCUCACCCGUAUUUUUUCGACGGUGACCAACCUAUGUGGGAAGGCAAUCGCCCGAUUGGAGUUCGAGAUAUCGGCUAGACCCGCUCUUGGUCACGCUCUCAAGACUCCGGAAUCGGUCGUGCCUCGCCCUACAGGGGAUGGUAAGACCAUCAUCCAGUUUGAUGCCGCCGCCUUAGUUCAAGCCUUCGACGGAGAUAUUAAUGAUCCGGAAGUCCUCCUCAAUUUUUCCAAUUGGAAGAGCUCCUGGGCUAGUCUAGUCAAGGAGAUGGAGACACUGCGUGGCUUUGACCAAACGACGCUAUUCCAGAAGCUCAAGACCUGCUUGGCCGGUCCAGCACUCACCUUGGUGUCUGGGUAUUCAUCGGAAUCCACCAAUUCUUAUGAAGCCGCCAUGAAAGACUUGGUUGACAAGUAUCAAGACCCAAUUACGCUCGCUGGGUCUUACAUCAAUUCCGGUUUGAAACCCAGAAAGACUGCGGCCGAACAAGCCGAGGCCAUUCGUAAUUCUUUCAAGGCCUUGCACAACAUGAGGGACAUUUUUGAACGUGAACAGGUGGACAUGUAUGAUUUCGCCCUUAUGAGAACCUUUAUCACUGCCAUGCCAGCUGAGUCACAAGCUUUGUGGACCACCAACAAGAUUCAAAAGAAACAGGAUCAUCUGUUAAAAUGCGAUGAGGCAGCGAAAAAAGGAGAAGAACUACCUGGAUGGAAGGCCGGGUUGGUGGAGAAUUAUGACCAGUUUGAUGCAUGGUUACGCCUCCAAAGCGUUCAGUUCCGCCAGCCGGUUGGGGGAGAAUCCAUGGACACAGCCCCACAGUCAACCGCCUCCAAUUUCGCCAUGACGGCUGAUGAGAAAGUCGAUAAGGUGGCCAAUAUAACCUGCUUUAUUUGUCCGCCUGAGAAAGCUCAUCAUGCUCUUGCCAAUUGCCGUAAAGGAUUGGCCAUGUCAGCCAGGGAAUGGCGGAUUACGUGCUAUGGGAAGAACCGUUGUUUCCGGUGCACAAAUCCGUUCAGCCAAGGACACCAAUGCCAAGUCAAAUGCCGGCUAUGUAUCGGAAAAGGUUAUGACGUGUCCCAUCACAUCCUUGUCUGUCCUCGCAAUGAGGCCCGUACGAGCCCACUGGUGGAUUAUACCGCACGACCAAAACCCAAUGGGAGACCAACACGCAACAAAAGGGAGAACUCGUCCCGACCCGAAGCAAGCGUGCCGAAAUGGGCAAAGGAAAUGCAGGCCACCAUGGAGUCCUUGGCCAAGCAAACCACCAAGGAAAGAAAGGACAAACCCUCCAAAAAGUUGAACAAAAAGAAAUAGGGUGAUUUAAAUAAAACUCACGUACCUGAGACCGAUUCAUGUGA